GGUUAUUCACCCGGAAGUGGAUUUUGUAUACUCAGCUGGCUGUCAUGGUGCUGUGUGUUAGAAUGGAUCGAUAAAUCAGGACAACCGAAUACACUCCUUCCAGACGAAGACGUCGAAAAUGAUAGACAUGCACUGUUUUAAAUAACUAGCAAAUUUAAACAAAUAUCGAUGAAAAGUUGUUGAUUUCGCUCCUGGAUGAAAAACGAUUGGAUGAAAAUAUUAGUCUUCGGUGGGAUCGUGUUCUUUUUGAGAAAGCAAACAGCGUCCAUGAUUAGUGCUUAUUCACUACCGAGGACCAGGUGGAGGAGGUAUCAUGGCUGGUAAGGUGAAAUGGGUGACUGACAUAGAGAAGUCUGUGCUCAUCAACAACUUUGAAAAGAGAGGAUGGGUCCAAGUGUCUGACAGUGAGGACUGGAACUUCUACUGGAUGAGUGUUCAGACCAUCAGGAGCGUCUUCAGCGUGGACACCGGUUACCGCCUAUCAGACGACCAGAUGGUCAACCAUUUCCCCAACCACUACGAGCUGACCCGGAAGGAUCUAAUGAUCAAGAACAUCAAACGGUACCGGAAAGAGCUGGAGAAGGAGGGCAACCCACUGGCCGAGAAAGACGAGAACGGCAAAUACCUUCACCUAGACUUUGUUCCUGUGACGUUCAUGCUUCCCGCGGACUAUAACCUGUUUGUGGAGGAGUUCCGGAAGAGUCCGUCCAGCACCUGGAUAAUGAAGCCUUGUGGGAAGGCCCAGGGGAAAGGCAUAUUCCUAAUCAACAAGCUGUCCCAGAUCAAGAAGUGGUCCCGGGACAGCCGAACCUCCACGUUUAUGGCAGCCUCUAGUGGCAAAGAGGCAUAUGUCAUAUCGCUGUAUAUUGACAAUCCCCUGCUGAUAGGCGGGAAGAAGUUUGACCUGCGUCUCUACGUGCUGGUGACCACCUACCGCCCGCUGAAGUGCUAUAUGUAUAAACUGGGAUUUUGCAGGUUCUGCACAGUGAAAUAUACUCCCAGCACCAGCGAAUUAGACAACAUGUUUGUGCACCUUACUAAUGUAGCCAUACAGAAACAUGGGGAUGACUAUAAUCACGUCCAUGGGGGGAAAUGGACGGUCAGCAAUUUGCGCCUCUACCUGGAGAGCACCAGGGGGAAGGAGGUGACCAACAGACUGUUUGACCAGAUUCACUGGAUCAUGGUCCAGUCCCUGAAGGCUGUAGCACCAGUCAUGAACAAUGACAAACACUGCUUUGAGUGCUACGGGUAUGACAUCAUCAUUGAUGACAGGCUCAAGCCCUGGCUGAUUGAGGUGAACGCCUCGCCUUCGUUAACCUCCAGCACGGCCAACGAUCGCAUCCUGAAGUACAACCUGAUGAACGACACGCUGAACAUCGUUACGCCCAAUGGGGAGCUCCCAGACUGCCGCUGGAACCGAAGCCCACCCAGGGAAGCACUGGGGAAUUACCAAGUUUUGUACGAUGAGGAGCAGGCGCUGAGUGAGAACACUGAGAGGGAACUGAGGAGCCGCUCUGGCCAGUCCCUGGGGCCAAAGGGCACGAGAGCCAACAGCCUGCGCCCCACCCCGGCCACCUGGAAGUGAUGCGCGCACUCGGGGGUGCGAUGUCACACUCGGCGUCCCAGGAUGCCCCCCCCCCCCCUUCACUGCUCUUCCUUCAGAGGAAGGGAGUUUGGGAUUGGUGGCCGCCCGGGGGGACCGGACCACCGGAACCGCCCUUCCUCACCCCAGUGGUCUGACUAUACCCACAAAACACCAAGAGGGGGAGACAGGGAGGAAGAGAACCAUAGCAUGACAUCACUGAAUCCCCACUGUUCCUUGCACAGCACAGCAGAGAAAGAGAGAGAAGGGAGCGAGGGAAGGGCCAUAGAGCCUCGUAGCACAGUUAAUAGUUUGGUCCAGCCUGCAUGACCAGCAUGGCAUUUCUCCAGUAUGGCAGUAUUGGGACUCAGAAAAGGUGAAUCCCCGUGUUGUAACAGAUGCAUAUGAGGCAGCCUUUUAUUAAGCUUUUUCUAUAUAAAUAAGGAUUGCGAGUUGUAAGAGAGUAUGUGUACGUAUGUUUAUAUGCACUGUUCUGCUCACCUUGUUCUCUGAUUGAAUAAGUGUGUAUGUAUAUUAUAUAUAUGUGUGUGUGUGUGUUGAUAAACAGUAUGGUUUCCA